AUGAAAUAUUCUAAAGUAACAAUUAAUAUUAUAGGAUUUAUUAGUUUAUGUGCUGCUGUAUCACUAUUGGUUGUAUCAUUCCUAUAUCCAUGGUAUGAACAAAAAUCCACAGUUACAGGAUCAACAAAAAGAUUCAAGAGUGGUGGAUUUAUUCAAAAUCGUGAUCAAUUUGUAGAAUUUGAAAAUCAUCAAACUAUAACAUCUGAUCUCAUGUCGACAGUGUUUGUCUCUUGUAUACUUUCCUUUUGCUUUGCUACAGUGUCAUUGCUAUUUAUGUCUUGUAGAAUAUUUACAAAGAAUGAACCAUUUGCCAACACUUCCAUCUCUGUUUCUAUUUUCUUAGCCUUUAUCAUUGGAAUGUUUUCAUUUUUAAUGUUACUUAGAUUACCAUCUGCUUUAAAUUCUGAUUGUACCAAAGUAUAUAAUGUUGUUCUUUGUAAAGAAGAGAAUCCAUCAAGAUUUUACUAUUCCAAUUCAAACUUUGUUUGGGGUCCCUACAUGGCUUGGUAUUCUAGUCUUGCUAAUCGUGCUACCGUUUUAUUAUUAGUUUCAUUGUUUUGUAGUCUUGAAUAUUAUGUUCCACCAAAACCAAUUGAACCUUUGGUUAAAGAUGGUGCCCACCUUUAA